GGCGCUGGUUAUAUUGUUGAUCUCGGUUAAGGCAGGCACAAUUGUUUGACCCUCCUGCCGAAGAGAUGGUGUCAAGAUACAGGGUUGUCUUUUCCGAGAAACAAGCCUUGGUAGCAUUUAGGGAUGUAUUAGUCGUAGUGGUGGACACCAAAUAUUCAGAUAUAUCAACGCUGUGAGCGAUAUGGUACUACCAACAUCUACAUUAGUAGCUGGGGGUUUCAACGUCGCGGUCAUACGGGCCCUCAGCCUACAUAGUACGAUCGAGAAAGUAGAUAAAGCAGAAUUUGCAGCAUUCCUUUCCGGAACAACUAUGAUGGGAACUAAGCCAUCGAUGUCAUCCAUUUCACUGGUCUGCCGUUCUACUAUGCUGCUUCCUACUCACCAUUAUCAAAUAAACCAUCGUUGAGUUGGAACUACUAAUCAAAGGCUCGGUAUAAGUUGUGUUCCAGUAGGGUCCCUAGUCUGUUUCACGAAAAUCGCAUCAUGAACUAUGGAGGGAUGUCUGAAGCAGUGGUAAAAUUGUUCAUUUGGUGGCCAAUGGUUGUUGCAUGAGUUGCCUCACCGAGAC